AUGUCCGCCAACAACCACCACGAAGAAGAAGACGCCUACCUCAACGCCGAAGACGCCGAAGAAAUCGUCGAGCGUGAUGAAGACCACCCCAUGGAAUCCGACGACGAAGGCGAAGCCGACCCCGAAGGUGACCAAAACAUGGACUUCGAGCCCCAAGAAAUUGUCCUCCAAAACGACUCCCUCGCGCACUUCGACCACCACAAAGACUCCAUCUUCUGCAUCGCCCAGCACCCACUCCACAAUAACAUCGUGGUGACAGGCUCGGGCGAUGACAGCGCGUGUAUUUUUGAUUCUACGCCGACACACGAACGGCCCGUGCUGCCGGCGAGUUACGAGUCUGAUCCACAGCCGCGAGCGGAGAGGAAGGGGCUUGAGGGGAUUGCGAGGCUAGAUGGGCAUAGUGAUACGGUGAAUGCGGUUGGGUUUACGGAGCCGCGGGGGGAGUAUGUUGUUACGGCAGGGUUGGAUGGGAAAUUGCGUGCGUGGCGGGAUGGGUCUGCGGGCGGGGAUGGGAGGAAGUGGGAGUUUGUUGGUGAGGCGCAGGAGGUAGAGGAGAUUAACUGGGUUGCUGUGUGUCCUUGUGGGGAGGGGGAUGAGGAGAAGAGGAAUGUUGUUGCGAUUGGGGCGAAUGAUGGAAGUGUUUGGGUGUUUAGGGUUGAUGGGGAGGAUGCGGCGCAGCCGGUUGCGAUUGUGCAGUCGUUUUUCCAACAUACGAUGUCUUGUACGGCGGGUGCGUGGACGCCGGAUGGGAAGCUUCUGGCGACGGUGUCCGAGGAUGGGACGUUCUAUGUGUAUGAUGUGUUCGGGGCUGCGGCUGCUGUGGGGAUUUCGUACUCUGCUGGGAGCAGUGCGGUUGUUGGGUUGACGCCUGAGGAUCAGCGGUUUGCUGUUGAUGGGGGAUUGUACUCUGUUGCUGUUGCGCCGUCUGGUGCCUUUGCGGCUGUUGGUGGUGCAGAGGGUCAUAUCAAGGUUGUUGGUCUGCCGCGUCUGCCCUCAUCUCCCGGCGCUGCGUCGUCGUCCAAGGCAAAGACCAAGGCUUCCGCUCCGCAGUCCUCGACCGGUGCCUCUGCCGCGGGUACCCUCCUCGCCUCACUGCAGGCCCAGGCAGACGGUAUUGAAACCCUCUCCUUCUCCUCCCCACCACUGAACCUCCUCGCCGCGGGCUCCGUCGACGGCUCCAUCGCCCUAUUCGACACAGCCCACCGCUUCGCCGUCCGUCGCCAUAUCAAAGAGGCCCACGAGGCCACCGCCGUCGUCAAGGUUGAGUUCUUGCAGAACCGGACUCCCGGUUCUGCCCCGGCCACGGGCCAACCGCUCGGCCGUCCCUCCCCGCUUGUCUCUGCUGCAACUGGUCAAUCGCGCUCUUGGCUCCUUACAUCUGUUGGAUUGGACGGUGUUGUGAGACGGUGGGACGCACGUGGUGGCACUGCUGCUGCUGGACAGGGAUUGUUGACUGAGUGGAAGGGUCAUGCUGGAUUGAUGGAGAAUUCGGAGGGUGAGCAAAGUGGGGGGAUUAUGGGAUUUGUGCAGGGUGGCGAUGGAAAGAGAGUGGUUACUGCUGGUGAUGAUGGGGUUGCGUUGGUUUUUGAAGAAUAA